AUGUGCGUGCGCUGGUGGAUCAUCUGGUCUGGAGAGGUGUGCGGUUCUGGGAGGGUUGGGGGGUGGGCUGUAUGUGCUUGCUUGUGCGAGGCUGAGGGAGGCGGGGGGAAGGGGGUGGUGAGGAGGAUAGUGAGGGGGGCGGGGCUGUGGUGGGGUGCUCCUCUUGCUGCUGAUGCUGCUGAUGCUGCUGCUGCUGUUGAGAAUGUUAGUAGUGGUGGUGGUGGUGGUGAUGCUGAUGUUGAUGGUAAUAGGGGUAUUUCAAUGCCCAGACGGGUUUUGGAGGUGGCCGGUGUGGUUAGAAGGGAGAGGUUGCAAGAGGGCAAGAGUAAGACUGGUCUGGCAGCGACCGCGCCGUCACCGACAAACGACGACAACGAUGAUGACGUCAAACCGAGUACCGAUAUAAAGAACGCUGUGAGCAAUUCCUCCAACUCAUCUUUGAAGCCUGAUGACUGGGAUUUCCGCUUCGAGGACGUACAAUUUCCUGAAGUGCUGAAAUGGCAUGGGACGGCGGAUGCGAAUUCACCCCAUCGGGAUGAUCCUGCAGGGAUAGAGGUUGGAGGUGAUGUUGAGGGAGCUUGUGCCGGCGGAGAUAGAUGGUUAGGGGGGUGGAAUGAUUUUAUAUAUGGAGAGAUGAAAGUAGGAUGGACCAGCUCUGUCUGUCUUUUCUGCUUUCUUUGUGCUCAACGAGUAACUCCGUAG